GAAAAAGCAGGAAAUCGACAGAUUCAGAGCGGACGACAGUCUGUUUAAACCGAGCAUAAAGAGGAGAUGUCUUUCGAUGACGUAUUUGACAAUUUUGCCGAAAGAAACCCGGCUGAACAAUCGCUACAUCGUUUUCCGUCAGAGCAGACUGUUUCACAGUGACAAGUCGACUGAAGUCUCUAUUUCUGAAAAGGAGUUGUACCUGUUAAACCAGACCGUCCCGAAAACGAAUGAAGUGGGGGAAUUGCAUGCUAUGAUCUUACAGGCCAGAAACAGGUCAUGCAUGGUUCGCGACACAAAACACAAGACCGAACUGUCCAGGUCUGCCACAAUCACACUGAAGGUCAGAUCCGCGCAUUAUUUGCGUCAAAUCACCCUGACCAUCACAGGGCUCAAGACCCCUGAGUUUACCUACAGAGUUCGACUGGAAGUGUGCACGUCACCUGUGAUAAGGCACGAAAACGUGUGCUCCAGCGAUGACGACCAGUGGAUUUUUUAUUUUGCCCCUACUGAAAAAGAAGAGCACGUCCAGCUGAUUGAAAUAACUUUGCGGGAGAGCGAACUACUGGAUAUUUAUCACGCGGUCAAACAUGUUCUGACAGCCAGCGUAAUAUGUGGUUGCGACAGCUGUCAUAUUCCACGCCCGACGAGUCUGAUGUCUAAAUACCAAGAUGACAAAACGGCGAUGCGCAUGUGCGAGGACAUGCCCAGCGGGGGAGAUUGGGGGUGUUCCCCCACUCACCAGCCAGAGCGCGAUGAAGAAGAGAGUUCUGAUCUAGACCUCGUGGAACGUAAAAAAAGCGGUGAAAAUGACAUUUCAGAUUCGACCAGCGCCAGCGAGGUAGAAGAAGAGGAAGAGGAAGUCUCCGGCGUGACCGAUCUGGACAGCGAUGAAUUUAUCGUGGUGGACGAGGACGGCUUACAAAGCCGACCUUCUUCGCCGGCUGACAUCGAGCAGCGUGAGAGAGAGAACGCGAGCGCUUUCUCAGGAACGGGGUCAAAAGGUCAAUGCGAGGAACCUCUUGACGCCGGCGCCAGCUCGGAAAGUCAGAGCGAGAAGCCUUCGGACCUCAGUCUGAAGGACCGAGCCACGAAAAUUGUGGAAUUUAUCUGGGCAAGAGCGAUCAUCCUGGCUGUUCGUCAAUGGGUUACGAGAGAUUGCGCUGGGUGUCAAAUUGAACACCCAUCACAGAAACAGCACAGUUGCGUGGAAGGCGUCCCCGUAAGAUUUCUGGACAACGAGUUAAAGCAGAAGUGGCUGAAUCUCAUUCCCGCUUGUGAAUUGGAAAUAAAAGAGUCUCUAAAGCAACACUUUGAAUUAAAAGAACCUCAUGAUGGUUUUGUAAUAAACAUUUUGCGUAGAAUUUACACGCUGACGCAGGAAAAACUGAGUGAAUAUAACCCGCUGUCCGAGUACCUGAGCAGAGAUCCGUCCGAAAUUCUGAGCCGGUUUUACAUGCGGCCGGAUGAACCUCUGAACAGCGCUGCGGAAUCAACGGCCGCCGACGUGUGUAAAAUUCUGAUGGGGUCUGAGGAUGACAGAUCGGUGUAGUGAUUCGCGAGAGAGAGAGAGAGAGAUUGUGUAUUUGUACAUAAGACAUUUAUGACACCGAUGUUUUUUUGCUGCUAGUAAGUUUAUACAUUGUAUAUAAUUUUUUUAUUAGACAAACCAUAAACAUUAUUAUUAUUAGAAAAAACUUUAUUGUUUUAUUAAAAAACACCACAUGUUUUUCGUUUAAUAUUUUAGUCGUUUGAGUUUGUGUAAUUGUUUAUAGCACCUUUAUGACAUCUUUUGAUCGCUGCUAGUAGUUUACAUAUUUUUUGAACCCCUUUUGUGCAUGUUUAUUAGACAAACUGUAAAGUCUUUUCAUUUUAAUAUUUUAAACCAUGUAAUCAUUUUCAUUUAAUAUUUUAAUCAUGUA